AUGGCUGAACGAUAUAACGUCCAGAGGCAUGGUGCUACUGCGUUAACCUUCUUCGGGUUCAGUGGGAAAGUAAAUAAGGUAGUAGGAGUUGGGACAUCGGGAUUUGAAUCCGCUCUCUUGGCUAAAGAUUCAACAAGUGAGGUUGUGAUGGGUGUUGGUGGAGGACAAACUGUCAAUGAGAUCAAAGCCGAAAAUCGAUGUGGAUUAGUUGACCAAUUCAGGUGA